AGGUCGGCCAAACUGAACGAGUACGUGAAGCGGAUCCGUCUGCCUUCGCCACACAUCGACCUGAAGCCCGGCACCGUCUGCUGCGUGGUGGGCUGGGGGGACACCUCCAACUAUGGCAACCAGCCCGCUGAGCUGAUGGAGACCAACACCACCAUCGUCAAGCGGAGCCUCUGCCAGACGCUGUGGAGGGGCAAGGUCUCGGCCAACAUGCUGUGCGGGGCCAGCCCCAACGCCACCCUGCAGGGCGUCUGCACCGGUGACUCUGGGGGACCCCUGAUCUUCAAGAAAAAGGUUUAUGGCAUCGUCUCAUUCUCUGGGAAGAGAUGUGGGGACCGCCGGUUCCCCGACAUCUACACCAAGAUCUCCAACUACAUCGGCUGGGUGCAUCGCACUGUGCGAGGGCCCCGCCAGCAGAAGGGGAG